GGAGAAGCAAGCAGCAUCCGACAGUUCGACUCUCACCCGGCAAUCGACAUUCUUUCGCCAUUGCCCCACCUAUGUUUUUCACCCCUCCCUCCCCGCACCAGAAAGAGGGGUGGCAGCAGCGAUGUCGGGGUAGAUAUAUGCCGCAGACUUCCUCGGUUACUUAAAAGCCUAGAGAUCAUUUCCAGAGACCUCCCAAGCUCGCAUCUUCGUCCUCAUAUUUCUUACACACCCUUCGUUCACCAUGUCUAAGAUCGCAUCCACAUUCUCGCGCCUUGUGCGCUUCGUUCCCAAGUCGAACCCCUCCAGGAUCCUGAUCGGAGAGCCCGUCGAUGCCUCAAUUGACGUCGGUCUGGCCGUCUACAAGGGCCAGGAAGUCGCUGUGCGGCCCUUUUCCGGCACAUCGAUCCUGAACCCCGGUCAGAAGACCGACGCGACCGAGACCAUUGAGCGCAUCCUCUCCCCACUGGCACAGAGCGAGGUCGGCACGAUCCGAUGCAUUGGCCUGAACUACGUCUCCCAUGCCACUGAGAUGAAUAUGGACAUUCCCACCCUCCCCACGCUGUUCAUGAAGCCGUCGACGGCGCUGUCGGAUCCCUGGCCCGCCCCGACCAUCCUGCCCAAAAUUACGCAGAGGGACAACACCGGUGACUACGAGUCGGAGAUGGUCAUUGUCAUUGGCCGCGACGCGAAGGAUGUGAGCGAGGAGGAGGCACUGGAUUACGUGCUCGGAUACACGGCUGCCAACGAUGUCUCCAGCCGGACGUCCCAGAUGAACCAGAGCCAGUGGUGCUUCUCAAAGGGCUUCGACACGUCUUGCCCCAUCGGCCCCGUCCUCGUCUCCGCAGCUCAGGUCCCCGACGCCAGUAAACUCCACAUCCGUGGAUCCAAGAACGGCAAGGUCUUGCAGGAUUGCCCUCUCACUGACCUGAUCUUCAGCGUUCCUCAGCUCGUCAGCUUCCUGUCGCAGGGAACCACCCUACCAGCUGGAACCAUCAUUCUGACCGGCACUCCCCCUGGUGUUGGUGCUGCCAAGAACCCGAAGGAGUUCUUGAAGCAUGGCGACGAAUUUGCCAUCGAGCUGCAGCCUCACGUUGGAACGCUGAUCACCAAGAUUGAAAACCAGGCAUGAACUGUAGCAACAUGAAAAUUGUAUAGAAUUAGAUUGCGGCAGCGCGUGAUUUUCGCAUGAAUUGAAGC